UCCUGCAUUUCACUUUCGAUGAUGCAACCUAAGCUUUCUGAUAAUACUGAUUAUAUAUUUAGCUUCGUAGACAACUUGAGCUGCACAAACUCUCACCACAAGAAAUGGGCAUUCUCUUCACCAUCUUCACCGUCACCGCAGCAGGACUUCUCUUUAUCAUUAUAAGCUUCUUGUAUCUCACAUUUCAAACCUACUCAGGAAAAUCCAUCAAGAACCCCAACUAUCCACCAGUAAAUGGCACGGUAUUUGGCCAGCUCUUCUACUUCAACAGGCUCUAUGACCACCAAACUGAAGUUGCCAGGAAACAGAAGACUUUCCGGCUUCUUGCUCCAGGCCAGAGUGAAUUGUACACAACUGACAUAAGGAACAUAGAGCAUGUAUUAAAAACAAAAUUUGAUAAGUAUACAAAAGGUAAGUAUAAUCAAGAUAUUGCAACUGAUCUUUUUGGUAAAGGUAUAUUUGCUGUUGAUGGAGACAAGUGGAGGCAGCAGAGGAAGCUUGCUAGCUUUGAGUUCUCGACGAGAGUUCUUAGAGAUUUUAGCUGCUCUGUGUUCAGAAGAAAUGCUGCUAAACUUGUCAGAGUUGUCUCCGAGAUGGCUAUUGCUGAUCAGAUUUUCGAUAUGCAAGAUACACUGAUGAGAUGCACUUUGGAUUCUAUAUUCAAAGUUGGGUUCGGAGUGGAACUGAAUUGCUUGGAGGGGUCAAACAAAGAGGGAAUCGAAUUUAUGAAGGCCUUCGAUGAUUCAAAUGCCUUGGUCUAUCGGCGCUAUGUAGAUCCACUGUGGAAACUGAAAAGGUACUUCAACAUUUGCUCUGAAGCUUCCCUUAAGAAGAACAUCAAAAUCAUUGAUGAUUUCGUGACCAACCUGAUCGGAACAAAGAGAAAACUACAAGCCGAGGAACGACUUUAUAACGACAAGGAGGAUAUACUGUCAAGGUUUUUGGUGGAGAGCAAGAAAGACGCCGAGGAAAUGAAUGAUAAGUAUCUGAGGGAUAUAAUUCUGAAUUUUAUGAUUGCUGGCAAAGAUACCAGUGCAAAUACCCUGUCAUGGUUCUUCUAUAUGCUUUGCAAGAACCCGCUAAUCCAGGAAAAAGUCGCGCAAGAAGUGAGAGAUGUCACAAGCAGUCAAGAUGAUGUGGUUAAUGUUGAAGAGUUCAUUGCAAACAUAACAGACACAACACUCGAGCAAAUGCAUUAUCUUCACGCAGCGUUGACAGAGACCUUGAGGUUAUACCCUGCUGUUCCUGUGGACGGGAGGUGUGCAGAAGUGGAUGACAUUCUUCCUGAUGGCUUUAGAAUGAAAAAGGGUGACGGACUAUACUACAUGGCAUAUGCCAUGGGUAGGAUGCCUUACAUUUGGGGAGACGAUGCCGAGGAUUUUCGGCCAGAAAGAUGGCUCAACAAUGGGAUUUUCCAACCUGAAUCACCAUUCAAGUUCAUAGCAUUUCAUGCAGGUCCUCGGAUAUGUCUGGGCAAAGACUUCGCGUACCGGCAGAUGAAGAUACUAUCAAUAGCCCUUCUUCGGUUCUUCCGCUUCAAAUUAGCUGACGACACAAGAAAAAUAACUUACAGGACAAUGUUCACACUUCACAUUGAAGGAAGUCUGCAUCUUCGUGCUAUUGGAAGGACCAAGUCAUGAAGAAAAAAUAUGUCAAGCAAAUAAUUAUGGCCUGGUGAAUCUUGUUUGUACUGUAUACAUUGAUACACAUAUCAACUAAACAACUGUGAUUUCUACCGGUAUGUUAGCUGCUGCUGUCGGACGACUUUGUCACCUUGGUGAUAAAAUUUGCGGGGAAAAUUUUCAUUUGUCCUAUUUUCCUUUUCUAAACUAUGUGCCACCAGAAACAAGCAGCUUGAAUUUAUCUAAUAAUCGUUAUCAAGCUUUAAUUUA